AUGUCAAACCUCCGUCAGGACAUCAUCGCUGAGUUAGAACAGAGGAGAAUGGAGCUUCAGGAGCUCAUGACACGCCAGGCCCAAUUAUACCAAUUCAUAACCGACCUUCGGAUGCGGAUGGAAGAGUUGGAACAACUUACUACAAAAGAGAUUGCUCAAUAUGAACAGGAGCUUAAUGGUAUCAACAUCAGAAUCAGAAUUCUUGAAUCUGCCAUCGAACUCCUCUCACAAUCCUAA